UAGAAACGCUUCCUUGUUUCCAGUAUGGCUUUGCACUAAAAGCAUGCGAUGUUAAUUUAAGAAAUAUUUUCAUUUAUUACGUUAGUUAAUGCGUGAUUUCGGACAGUACUGUGUAUUUCAUCUACGCGCUCGUGAUGGGUUUACUGACGAUCUUGAAGAAGAUGAAGCACAAGGAGCGUGAAAUGCGUCUACUCAUGCUUGGUCUUGAUAAUGCGGGGAAAACAACAAUCCUAAAGAAGUUCAACGGCGAAGAUGUCAGCACAAUCUCUCCAACAUUAGGCUUCAACAUCAAGACGCUUGAGCACAGAGGGUUUAAGCUGAACAUCUGGGAUGUGGGUGGUCAAAAGUCAUUGAGAUCGUACUGGAGGAAUUAUUUCGAGAGCACAGAUGGACUGGUGUGGGUUGUGGACAGUGCUGACAGAUUGAGACUGGACGACUGCAGGAAAGAGCUGAAUGCUUUAUUACUAGAAGAGCGAUUAGCAGGAGCCACUCUGUUAGUUUUUGCCAACAAACAAGACCUACCUGGUGCUUUAUCAAAAGAUGGCAUAAGAGAGGUUUUAGCCCUUGAUGACAUUAAGACCCAUCACUGGUGCAUUCUGGGAUGCAGUGCUGUAACAGGCGAGAAUCUGCUUUCAGGUGUGGAUUGGCUACUAGAUGAUAUAGCAGCUCGGAUCUUUACAACUGACUAACGGACAUGAACACAUGUAGCCUUUAAAUGGACAAAGGAGAAGCAUGUUGGACUGCACAUGCAUGUAUUGCAUAUGUGCUCAAGAUGGUAGUCAUACAC